AUGGAAACACUUCCUGGCCGAGUUUUUGCGAUUGGUGACAUUCAUCUCAAUCUUGGUCUUCAGCAAAAAAUCCAGAAACGAAGUCCUGGGAUAGAAAAUGAUCCCAUUCGACGUAACGAAUACAAUUCUUUAACAAAAGAAAUGACUAUAUGGGGUUCCGAGUGGAGUGGUCACAUUGACAUAGUACAACGACAUUGGGAUGCCAAUGUCACUACAAACGACAUAGUGAUACUUGCUGGGGAUAUUUCAUGGUCGAACAAAACGGAUGAAGCGCGACCUGAUCUAGAGUGGAUAUCUUCACGUCCUGGUAUUAAAGUGUUAAUUAAAGGCAAUCAUGAUUAUUGGUGGCCCAACACACAAAAGUCGAUGAAUGAACUUGAGGCCUUAUAUAACAUUAAUUUGGUGACUGCCGAACGGCCUUAUUGUGAUGAAAAUGUUAUUAUCGGGGGAACUAAAUUGGACGACUUCACGUGGAACGUCUGGGACCCUAUCAAUCCGUUCUCAUUGCUACCAGAGAAGUUAAUCGUCCGCUUCGAUCAAGAGAGACAAGACAGAGAGAAGAAGAGAGUCCAAACCGCACUCGGGAAAAUUGAAGAACUGCAAGCUAAGAAGAAGAGAAGAGAGAUCUUCGUCACACACCACCCCCCUAUCGGACAAAACGGAGAGGAAAGCGAUGUCUCAAAAAUGAUCACUCAGAAGAAUAUCGAGUUCUGCGUCUUCGGACAUAUCCAUACACUCGCUCGACUCUACGAAAGAGACACUGUGAAGAAUAUCGAUGAUGUUAUUCAGUUAUUUAAAGGCGUCGAUUGCGUGGUGGAGAAUACUCGAUUCCAAUUGGUGGCUUCAGACGUACGGAAACACGUUUUGACACUCAUCACUGAGUUCAAAAUUAAUGAUUUGAAAAAAAUCUCAAAAAGAUUGAAAAAGAGAGAAAAACUCAGGAAACAACUUGUCGAAAAAGAAAAGGAAGAGUGA